AAAUACUCCAGUUUGCUACCAAUUGUAGCCCCAGAACGAGCUCGCCGCUUUGUGCGUUCCGAAAACUGGUAUCUACUCGCAGUUGCCAUAGUAACGAAAUACAAUAUGGCGGCUCAAUAACAAUGACAGUCCGAUAAAAUGUAAUUUCGUUCGCGAAAUUUAGCGUUCUAAAUCGUUUUGCAUGCUUCAAUGUUCUCCCAAUAGUGAUGCCUGAAUUGUGUGCAACGGACGCUUUUUAUAAACAGCUCAAAAGUCUUCGAAUUGAAGACUUUCCUUGCGGCCUUGGAUCUUGGAGGCAAGCAUUGGGCCGAAGUGUAUCAAAAUAUGAUUCUGGUGGAGUGCAGUAUGAAAGUGUCGAAGCUUUGCUAGACCUUGAGAAAAGUUCUCCAUAUGCUGUUGAUGGUGGUUGGAGCAAAGAGGCAGCAGACUUACGAAAGAUUGCCAUAGAGACGCCACAUUUCUUGCAAGAUCCUAGUUUCGUAUUGAGACACUUCACAACGCUCAGAAUUAUAGACAAAAAUGUUAACAUCAUAGACGAAGGUAUUUUAAAGUUCGUUAACUUAAAGGAGUUAAUUCUGUCUGCAAAUCAUAUCAGCAAGAUAGAUGGGAAAAAUUUACCGAAAGGAUUAGAGGUCCUAGAGUUAGCUGCAAACAAUGUCUCUGACCUAAGUGCAUUGAAAUCUGCCAAUCUUUGCUCAUUGCUGCAUCUUGGCUUGGCUCAAAAUCAGGUCACUAACAUUUUACCACGUUCUUAUACUCCUUCAAAAUGGCCAUCAUUGCUAUCACUUGAUCUCAGCUACAACAACCUCAGCAAUCUUCAAAGUACUGUAGAAAUUCUGAAACAACUUCCAGCUCUCAGAAAUCUUCUACUUGUCGGUAAUCCACUUCAUUUGGCGAAAUGCUACCAUGGUUUCUUGAUUGACAGCAUUCCAGGUCUUUCGUAUCUUGAUAAUCAAGAGGUCUCCGCUGAUGAUAAACAUCGUUUCAAAUCAUUUUCUAAAAUCAAAGAUUUAGACGUGAAUAACAGUUAUGUGACUCUUCGAAUCAUUGGCAUAAAUGAUGUUAAGAAUCCUGUCCAAAUAGAGGACCCCGAAGAUGGCGAUUUUCCAAAAGUUGAGCAUAAAUAUCACGUCGAAUUUAUGUUCAUGAAGGACAAGGUUGAAAAACAAAGCGAUAUUACUGAAAAUAUCGAUGGUAAAGAAUUCGAAGAUACCGCCGCAAACGAUAGCGAAGGCAACCUUGAUUGUAUUUCCACUGACAACCUACUUUGGGCAGAGAUGCUUGAGUUUGACUUCUGUAAAACGAUCAAGAUUUCUGAGCUGAGUCGGCUUAGGAGUUUUCUCAAAGACGGCAUCACUUUCGGGGUGGUUGCCGUAAAACACUCGUACGUGCCGGACGACCCAAGCCUUAGCGAGGAUCAAAACAUUGCUGCUGUGGUAGCUGGCGAGAAAACACAGGAAAAGCAUGCCGUCAAAACUAGUGCGUCUAAAGAUCGUAUUAAAUUGGACGGGAAAAAGUCGGCGAAAACUAAGAGUGCUGUCAAGGUGACGGUUGGGAAGGAAAAAGGCGGGAAAAAGGACAAACGUGACGUUAGCGAGUUAUUCGAACUACCCCAGGAGCGCAAAACCGUGGGCACAUGUCACGUGUUUCUUGCGUCAUUUCUGGAUGGCGAUACUGUGGUCAACGUCAGCUCUCCGUGUGUGGAGGAGAAUACGGGGGGUGAAAAUGAUCGGACAACUGAGGGUGAUGCAGAACUGCAGAGUGCUAAACGAUCUGAUGACAAGAAGAAAGGGAAAGGGGAUGGAGACAAACAUCCUAAAAUUAUGCCUCCAGCAAAAGGUAAGACGAAAUCCGCAAAUCCUCUUGCUGGAAAAGGAAACAAAGGUGGAAAGGGAAAAGAUAAAGUGGAAGAAUUAAGUGAGGCACACGGUGACGAGGAAGCACCACCCCCGCCGCCACCGUUGUCUAUAAAACUGGAGGUGAAGCUGGAGCGUUUGACUUGCACAAAAGAUGCUUUGGUAGAAGACAAAAGCUAGAUUAUUCCAAAUGUUGUACAUUAUGUAGAGUUUUGUACAGUAACGUUUUGUGAUCAUAAGUUAUUUAAAUUCACAGAAAUGGAUUGAA